UGCAGUCAUGGAUAAUCCACAGAGAAGGCCAAAUGAGAACAAUGACGCACCGUCCAAUGAUAUAUUUAGGCAAGGUGGAUCAACAAAGUACCCACGGAUUAUACCGUUCCUGGGAUUGCUGAACGCUGUGCUGUUGAUAACGGCUGUUGUUAUUGGAGUUAACUGUGCCAAAGUCAACGAGGGCUCCUUGCACAUUUCCAACCCAGCUGUAACACAGCUCUUCAGUGAGCUCGACUAUCUCCGAAGCAACCACAGCGAUGUGAUCGAAGCUGAAGAGGAGGCCAAGAAGGCGUUAGAGAGCGCGAUCAACAACCACAAAGAAGUAAAGGUGAAAAUUGAGCAGCUGAAGACCGUCAAUGAUGGUUAUCAGAAACAGAUGCAAGCACUGCAAAUGGAGAAGGCAAACCUGAAGUCCAAUAUAUCAACUUUAGAGGGAUCUUGUGGCGGAUGCCUCCCUGGUUGGGCUCUUUUCAACUCGUCCUGCUAUUUCUUCUCCUACAUCGAGUCCUCUACUGUCAAAAAGAACUGGCAUGAGAGCAGAGAGGACUGCAUUCGUCGUGGAUCUGACCUGGUUGUGAUCGAUAACCAGGAAGAGCAGAAAUAUGUGAGUACCACGAUCCAAAAUAUGAAAACCAGUAUUAGUAAGUGGGAGAAUGGAUUCUGGAUUGGACUCACUGACAUGGAGAACGAGGGGAACUGGACAUGGAUUAAUAAUGUCACAGAGGUGCAACAAAGGUACUGGAUGGAUGGAGAACCAAACAACGGCGGAGAUUUUGGAGAACAUUGUGGGGUUGCAGUUCACUCUGCCUUUAAUCCCUGGAAGACCCGCUAUGAUGGAAAUUGUGACUUGAAGCAGUUGCACUGGAUGUGUGAAAUGUAAUUAAGAAAAACUCUUUUCACUCCUGAUAUGAUGCUAAAAAAGCAUUUUUAACAAGAAAUAUUUAAUCAGUUUUUGGGUUAUUUUUCAUAUUCAGAGUCUACAACAGUGCAGUUAACUUUCUAAUUACUUUAGAGGUCUGUGUGAAAAUUAUUUGUUAUUAACACGUAACACGUAUACCGUAUGUUUUUUAUGUGGAUCUACUUUUUUUGCUAUGGUAAUUGUUUGAUAUGCUUGUUCUUGUGUCUUUUAAUGGUGUAUUUCUGUUAUUUUUCUAAAUAAAUAAGGACAAAUGUGGAAACAUAAAUAUGGA